AUGGCGGAAACCACGGAGCGGGGAAGGCGGCUGAUCCCCCGGCUUGUAGAUGAGCUUGCACGAACCGAGCCGAGCCGCAUCGUGUAUUCGAUCCCGCUUUCAGGGGACAUUUCGCAAGGGUUCCGGGAAGUCUCGGCGCGCGGCUUUGCCGACGCCGUCAACAAAACUGCCUGGUGGCUUCACGAAACGGUCGACAGGAGCGAGUCAUUCGAAACUAUAACGUAUAUUGGGCCACAUGAUCUCCGGUAUUCUCUUCUCAUCCUCGCCACUAUCAAGGUGGGCUUCAAGCUCCUAUUGCUAUCGCCAAAUAACAGCAAAGAAGGUGCAGCAGCAUGUCUCGAUGCAACCCAGUGUCGACUCUGGGCCCAACCACAAGGAAGGCCACGAAACCCCCUGCUCACUGAGCUGUUGGUAACACACGAGUUGCAAAUCAUUGAUGUCCCACCAUGUGAAGAGCUCCUGGACGCCGCUGGGACGAGGCACUAUCCCUACACAAAAACAUUCGAAGAGGCUGCCAAAGAACCAUUUUGCGUGCUUCAUAGCUCAGGAUCUACGGGUGUUCCCAAGACAAUCCCCGUGACGCAUGGUCUGAUCGCCACCCAGGACGCAAUGAAGCUCUUGCAACCCGUUAAGGGUCACGAGAGCCUGACGCCAUGGGCGGCACUAUUCGAUAAGGGUGCAAGAAUUUACUCACCAAAUGCGAUCAUCCACGCUACGGCUAUCAUUGUUAACCUUCUGUCGACCUUCUUCUUCGAGACGCACUGUAUCAUGAGCCCUGUGGAUGUCGAGCCAACCAUGGAUCUCUUUGCAGGCAUCGCCGAUCAUGGUAAUGUUGACAUCUGGUUCGUGUCGCCGCAGUACAUCAACGACCUGGCCCAAGCUCCCAGGACUUUAGCCAAGGUGAAGCGUUCAAGAUUCAUCGCUACAGCUGGUGGCCCGAUGAGUCCGGAAUCUGGCGCAGCUGUAAAUGAGCAAAUUCGUGUUUUCAACAUGACCGGCACGUCUGAGGGAUUCAUGAGCAGUGUCUUGCUGGUAGAUCCAGCAGACUUCCUCUAUUUCGCUUGGCAUCCCAACUCCGUCUACGAUUUCCGAGAGGUUGAGCCGGGAAUCUAUGAGCAUUGGAUCGUGCGAGACCCUGCACAGGACCUGUACCAGGGGAUUUUCUACACCUUUCCCGAUGCGCAAGAGGUAAACUUGAAGGAUUUGUACGUCAAGCAUCCUGCCAAACCUGACCACUGGCUGUACUAUGGCCGCAAUGACGAUAUUGUGGCCCUCUCCGACGGUUUCAAGAUAACACCGUCGGAUAUUCAAGCAACAAUCGCAGAUCACCCUGCCGUAAAGGACUGCCUCAUGGUCGGGGUUGGACAGCCCGCUCCGGGCUUGCUUGUCGAGUUGAGCGGACCUAAACCACGAGACCCUGUUGCCUUGCAAGGGUUGAUUGACUCAAUUCAGGAAUUUGUCAAGAAGGCGGACAACAGCUCUCUGUACAAAGGUUAUUUGCACAAGGACUGCUUGAUCCUAGCGGAUCCGGCUCGGCCGUUCGUGCGCACGGACAAGUUGACCGUUAAGCGAAGGGAGACUCUGGCCCUGUACGAGCAGGAUAUUGACCGCUUCUAUCGCAACCGUCAGUCCGGGGUUGCAUCCUGAGUGUGCCAUGGUUUCCGGGGACAAGGUGCUUCCUACGUCGUACCGUGGCCAUCGCUAAACUCAAUUGGCCGCCUGAAUACUUCCGUUGGAUGCGCAGGGGUCAAAUACAAGGCCCAAGACCACCUGGGCACAUUUGUAAUCCAGCGCACGAGUCAAACGGUGUCUCUGAAUGGUUAGUGGUUCUUUAAGUUGACAUGUGCAUGAAGAAAUGCAGAGGAUAUCUUAUUGGAUGCAAUGCUUCCUUGUCACUCUCAUGACACAGCGCAGCCAAUCAGACAACUCGAAG